GCUAAAAGUGUUUUUAUAGUUGAUUUUACCUGCAGGUUCUUUGUUUGUCCUUUUCUAUAGAUAAUUCCAAUCACGACAAAACGAUGGCCAGCCGGGAAGCGGUACGCCGAGCCGUACAGAGCGUUCGUCCAAUUCUGUCUGUCGAUCGGGAAGAAGCUCGUAAGCGUGUUCUGAAUCUUUACAAGGCAUGGUAUCGUCAGCUUCCCUACAUCGUGAUGGACUAUGAUAUUCCAAAAUCGGUAGAACAAUGUCGUGAGAAACUACGAGAGGAGUUUCUUAAGAAUAAAGAUGUGUCCGAUAUUCGAGUGAUUGACAUGCUAGUAAUCAAGGGUCAAAUGGAACUGAAGGAGUCGGUCGCUAUAUGGAAGCAAAAGGGUCAUAUUAUGCGCUACUGGAAAGAAUCGGUUGAGCCAAAGCCAACAGAUUUUCUAUCUAAGUUCUUGGCAGGACACAAUUAAUCAUAGAGAAUCAGGAAUCAACCUUAACACUAUAUAUGUAGUUUGAAUAAAAAAGGAUCAACGUUUAAA